AUGCCUUCCCCUCCUUUCACAAUUCCGCUGCCGAAGCCUGUCCUCCUUCUCGCGCUCGCCGUCGCCGCCACGCUCUUGUACGCCGCCGGACUCCAUGCCACACUGCCACGCGACCGCCCCGCACCGCCCCCAGGCCCAGCCACGAUCCGCCACGGGCACACAGCCCUCGCGCUCCGCCUCGCCAAGCAGCUUCUCCCCGGUGCCAAGGGCAACGUCGCCUUCUCCCCGGUGUCCAUCCACGCGGCGCUGUCCCUCGUGGCCUUGGGGGCGCGCGGCGCCACGCUCCAACAGCUGCUCGCCUUCCUCGGAGCGCCGUCCGCGGCGGCCCUCGCCGACUCCGCACGCCGCGUCGUCCACCGCGUCCUGGCCGAUCGAGCGGCCUCCGGAGGGCCGCGCGUCCUCUUCGGCGGCGGCAUCUGGGCCGACGCCUCGUGCGGCGCGCUCAAGACGGCGUUCCGGGACGUGGCGGUUCAGUCCUACAAGUCCGAGGCCCGCACCGUGAACUUCGCCAACGAGCCCGAAGAAGUAGCCAAGGCAAUCAACGGCUGGGCAAAGAAGGCCACGAACAACAUCAUAGACUCCAUCAUCUCCCCCAAGGACAUCACCGCCGGCACCGUUCUCGUGCUCGCCAAUGCAGUUUACUUCAAGGCCAAAUGGGAGAUCCCGUUCGAAUCGAGUGACACGCGUCCCGGCUCGUUCCACCGGCUCGACGGCAGCCGUGUCGACGCGCAGUUCAUGUCCCGGACCAUGUACGCCGCGCAGUACGCGUCGUGCUCCGACGGCUUCAAGGUCCUCCAGCUCCCCUACGAGCACGGCCGAGGCGACGCGGACGAGACACGCUACUCCAUGUACCUCUUCCUCCCGGACGAACGCCAUGGGAUCACCAGCAUGGUGGACGCGGUCACCGCGGGGCCAGACUACCUGUACGCUGUCCUGAACAAGACGGCGGCUAACACCGUCAGGGUUACGCUGCCAAAGUUCGCGAUAAGCUUCAACCGGAACCUCGUCGACGACCUCCGUCUGCUGGGCCUCUCGCUGCCGUUCUCGGCAGGGUCGGCAGACCUGCGGGGUAUCUUCGAGAAGGAAUGGCAGGCAUUCAUUGGCAAGGUUCUACACAAAGCGGUCGUCAAGGUGGAUGAAGAACGGACGGAGGCGGCCGCGGUCACGAUGAUUAUGAUGGAUGGAGCUGGGAGGGAGCAACCGGUCGAGUUCGUCGCUGACCAUCCCUUCAGUUUCUUCAUCAUGGAGGAGCGGUCAGGGGUGAUCGUCUUCGCCGGCCAUGUUCUUGAUCCCACCGCGAACUGA